ACUGUAACGACAAAGUAACAUGGGUGUUGUGAAAAAAUAUUUUAAAGAGCAAAUGCAAUGGAGGAAUCUAGGACUAGAUUAUACUGAACCACCGGACUUUUAUCUUAGUGCUUGGCAAAAGAACAGGUCAGCACUGCCACUUAUGAUAUUCCGUGCAAUAUUAUUCCUUACUUCUCUUGGAAUAUUAUUGUAUUCUAUAAUCACAUACUCAAUAAGUGGAAUAGUUGGGUAUUGGUUUAUUUACCUAACCCAUUGGGGACUAACAGCAAAUGUUUUAGCGACAGGAUUUGCCACAGCGGUAUCUACACGGUGUUAUUUUUAUGGACCUAUAAGCGGUCAAUAUCGCAUCCCCUGGUAUUUAAAAACUUACUGGGUGUUGUUCAAUGUAGCAACUCCUGUGGCGUUUCUCAUCACAAUUUUCUACUGGACUGUUCUCUUUGAAGCUGGCAUAGAGGAAGAGUUGAACCAUGCCUUGGAUGUAACAGUGCACGGUGUGAAUACUAUAGUGAUGUUCCUCCUUCUGAUGACAUGUUCGCAACCAAAUUACCUGCUUCACGUGUACCAGCCCCUAUUAUUCGCUCUGACUUACUUUUUCUUCAGCCUCUUCUAUUAUUUAGCUAACGGUGUUGACCAAAAAGGUAAUCCAUACAUCUACCCAGUUUUAAAUUGGGAGAAUCCUGGAAAGACAGUUGCAGUGGGCUCUAUAACUGGAGUUCUGCUGAUCGCAUUGUACAUCGUGAUGGUAAGCCUGGCGGCUGCACGGGAUGCCAUCGCCGCCUGCUUCACUCAAUCAUCAGUGACAGUGCACAGCCGAGAAGCAGUACCAUUAUCGGAACCAGCGCAAACUACUGUAUAGACUUUCCAUUUAUUAAACAAUAUAAGUGCAAUAUGAACAAAAUUAAUGUACCUAACAAAUUUAUUUAUUAGGACCUUUUAUUGGUUCUCUAUAUUUUAGCCGAUAUAGAUUUCGUUUACAGAACUCUUGUCACAAAUACAAGUACUCUUAUUUAUGUUAAAAAUUCUUUAAAUAAAUAUUAUAAUAAGAUCCCGUGUAAAUAAUAUUACUAAUUGUACGUUAAAAUUUACCUCUACGUAGAGACAGGAAACUUAUAUUUUAAUAAAUAAAAAAAAUACUUUUGAAACAAUUUCUAAUUAUAGGUCUAGUUGAACCUUAAUAUGUAUAUAUGGUUUAGAUUUAAUCGCAAAUGUUGCAUAAAUUUUCUCUCUUUCUUCUAAAUGACAGUUAGUGUAUAAGAUUUUAUAGGUAUAAA